ACACUCCAAAAUUCCUUCAAAUUUUGAGCUAAAAAUGGUGAGUAGGGAGAGAUCAAGCCAAGGGAGCCCCAAAUUAGGUGUCCCAAAGGGGUAUUUGGCUAUUAAAGUUGGGCAUGAAAGUGAAGAAAAGCAAAGAUUUGUGGUGCCUGUCUUGUAUUUCAAUCACCCUUUGUUCAUGCAGCUGCUCAAGGAGGCUGAAGAGGAAUAUGGCUUUGAUCAAAAGGGAACCAUCACUAUUCCUUGUCAUGUGGACCAAUUUAGGUACGUCCAAGCCUUGAUUGAUCAAGAAAUCUCCUUCCAUUCGCCCCAUCUCCACGUUCCGUGCUUUCGGGUUUGACUCUUCACCCUCUUCUCGGGACUAUUCGAUAAAUUAUUCAAUGAGGUUGCUGCAUUGUGACUACCGUCUCGUCUCGUCUCGUCUCUCUAAAGAUGUCAGCUUGAACUCUUCUCUUCGUCUGUGUCUAAAUGUAUAAAAUUGGCUGAACUGUUCUCUUCGUCUGCGUCGUUCAAUAAUUUCGUUCGUCGCAGUAAAAUCUUUUUUUACCUUUUGUAGAGUUGUGUAAAUUUUGGGGGAUAAGUGAUGAAGGCAAAUGUGCCACCAAGUGUAAAAAGUGGAAUGGUUACAG